AUGUUGGACAAAUACGGCAUGAAACCCAACGACACCAUUCUCGCCGAGGAAAAGCAUAUGGGCAUCUACGAUGACCUCCUCUCCAACCGCAACGCCAAGCUCAUCGCCGGCGGUGCCGCCCAGAACACCGCUCGAGGUGCUCAGUACAUGCUCCCGCCGAACUCAGUAUGGUAUGUCGGCUGUGUUGGUGAAGAUGAAUACGCCCAGACGCUUCGAGAGGCGUGCAAGAAAGAGGGUGUGCAUACCGAGUAUAUGGUUGUCACGCAUCAGCCCACAGGAAAGUGUGGCGUGGUGAUCAACGGUCACAAUAGGAGCAUGUGCACCCAUCUGGCGGCGGCGAAUGAGUACAAGCUCGAGCAUCUGAAAUCGGAGAAGAUAUGGAGCAUGGUUGAGAAGACAGAGGUCUUCUACGUUGGUGGAUACCAUCUCACGGUCUGUGUUCCAGCGAUCAUGGCGUUAGCGGAAGAAGCUCUGGCGAAGAACAAACCGUUCCUACUAGGCAUGGGCGCAGCAUUUAUUCCACAAUUCUUCAAAGAUCAGCUCGCGCAGGUGAUGCCCUAUUGUGAUUACGUAUUUGGAAAUGAGGACGAGGCAGAAGUCUGGGCUAAAACCCAAGGCAAAGACACCAAGGACUUGAAAGAGAUCGCGAAGAUGAUGUGCGAGGUCCCGAAGAAGAAUAAACACAGGCCCAGGACAGUGGUCAUCACGCAUGGAACGCAGCCGACAAUCACAGCCAGGAUGAACACGGAUAUGGAAGUUGAGUUCAACGAGAUCCCAGUCCAUGCGAUCAGUGAGGAGGAGAUCAAUGACACCAAUGGCGCCGGUGACGCUUUUGCCGGUGGCUUCACCGCAGGUGUUGUUCAAGGAAAGUCACUAGAGGAGUGCGUACACAUGGGACAGUGGCUGGCACGUCUAGGCCUUAAGGAACUAGGUCCCUCGUAA